AUGGAACGGAUAAAAUCAGAGUUUGGCAAAAUUGUUUUAAAAUCAGAAAAUGAAGUGGAUUUAUCAGAUGAAGUGAAAGGAUUCAUUAAAGAUGUUGAGAAGUAUGACUUCAUUAGAGUCAGUCUUCCUGAUAUAAAUGGAAUUCAUCUGAGUAAGUUGCUUCCUACCCGCUUUGCUAAGAAGUUGGCAAUGGGUCAGGUGGAAAUGUAUUCAGGGUCUAUAGCAUUCGGACCAAGAUUUGAAAUAAUCAGCAUCCCAGAAGUGGUUGAAAGGAAGCAUAUUAACAGUGUUUUGAAGCCAGAUUUCUCGACUCUGCAUCCAUGUCAUUGGAUUUCACAAAAGAAUUAUCCUCACACACAAAAGGACAAUAACAUGAUUUUGAACGGAGAAGAAGAUGGUAAAUAUUCAUUUUGUUCUGUUUUGUGCGACAUAUACUGGCCUAAUAACCAGCCAAUGUAUGCCUACCCGAGAUUUGUUGCUCAGAGGCUUAUCAAAGAGCUGGAGGAUAAAUAUAAUCUACGGUUAUAUUCAGCUUUUGAACCAGAGUUUAGGGCUUUUGUAAAGGGAAGCUAUGAGUCAUCGUGUUUAAAGCCAAAGUCGAACGAUGUUACCCAAUUUAUUGACCUUAAAAAGCCAAUCCCUUGGACAAAUUUUAGAGACAUGUACAGAACAAGUUUACUGUCCGUUUAUGAAAACUAUUUUGCGGAUAUUGAUUACAAUAUGCAGCUAGCAGGGAUCGAUAUACAAGAUUACAGUAAUGAAGAUGGCGAAGGACAGUUGGAAUGUCCGUUAAUACCAACAUGGGGGUUGUCCGCUGCAGAUAAUUAUUUUAUAUUGAAACAGGCUGUAAAAGAAAUCGGGACUAAACACGGGAUGGAAAUUUCGUUUAUGACUACACCAUUACUGGAUUCCAGCUCUAGUGGGUGUCACUACAACCAUUCUCUGUGGUACGCUGAUAAUAAUCGUAAUGCAUUUUACGAUGAUAAAGAUCCUGAUCGAUUAUCUACUCUAGCUCGUCACUGGAUUGGAGGCAUCUUGGAACAUUUACCAGCUAUGUUGGCUAUUUCUUGUCCAACAGUAAACUGCUAUAGAAGACUACAUAAACAUCUUGCUCCCUCCUAUGUGAAUUGGGAUUUUCAUGAUAGGUAUAUAUCAAUUCGUGUAAAAAACUUUAAUGAGAAACAGACAUACAUAGAAAAUCGUAUACCAUCAUCCGCAUCUUGUUCUUACCAUGUGCUUGCUGCCACAAUAGCAGCUGGGCUAGAUGGCUUGGAACGUCAAAUACACCCUCCACCUUCAGGUUUGAAACAAGCAAAUGGUCAAAUUGGUGUCUGUAAAGUACUUCCCAAUACAAUUCAACAGGCUCUACAUAGUCUUAUGGAUGACAAAAUACUUGUGAACAAGUUGGGAGCAGAUUUUGUUGAUUGGUAUAUUCAAGUAAAGAAGAAUGGAGAUUUGUCAUCACUUGGUCAUUUAAAUAUACAUGAUAAUACUGAAGAAACACUGGCUUAUGAAAGAUAUGAAUAUUUCAAUUUUAUGUGA